AUGAAGGUUCACGCUCCCUGGGCUCUAACGCUCCAUCUCUGGGUGUCGCUUACGCAGAUAGUUCUGGGAGAACCAAUUCCUGCUCCUACUGGCAAGUACAAUGUCGGUGCCCAGCGUUUUGUUAUUCCUUACUUGAACGAGGAAGACCCCGUGUGGCCGAACGGUGUCGCAACCGAAUAUCUUGUCACGCUGUAUUAUCCUACUUCAAAUGAGAAGCCUUGUCCGAAGCCGUACCUAGAGGCCGAGCUUGUUGAGCAGUACGCUGCACUGUGGAACUACAACAUCUCUCACUUGACGUCGACACUGCGGUGGAACGCCUCAUAUCUGGAAGAAGGAACAGGCCCAACGCUUCUCUUCGGACCCGGUGGUUGGGGUCCACCGACUGAUGGCAACUACAUUGUUAUCUCUGACCUUGUCUCGCACGGAUACGUCGUGGCUGCAUUUGACCACGUCUAUGAGCAGCCCUUUGUGCGGUACCCCAAUGGCACUGGUGUUUACGGCCUCUCACCAGCUUCCAGUAACUUCCCUAAUGAAUGGGUCGAGUCGUUGCACGCCACCAGGGUCAAGCACCAACUGCACUUCAUUGACUACUUCCCCUCGUUGGUGGCAGAACUCAAGGCGCCCUUCAAGACUGACAGCUUCGGCGCGUUUGGUGUGUCUAUCGGAGGCUCUGCUGCUCUGACUAUGGCUCUUGAGAGCGACGCCGUCGCUGCCGCCAUCAACGUAGACGGUACAAACUUUGGUCGCUUGAACAGCACCUCCGACUCGGACCUGAAAAAGCCAUCAAUGAUUCUUGGCUUCCAAAACCACAAUUCAAACACCGAUCGCACCUGGAACAAUUACCGCGCCUGGCAAACUGGCUGGUGGCGUCUGCUCUCUGUAGAUGGCAGUACGCAUAGUGACUGGUCCGACCUGACGUUUUGGAAGAUAUUCGGCACAACACGUUCGAUGGGUCCCAUUGACGGUGACAGAAUGGUCAAAAUCUCGAGAACAUUUAUCAGAGCCUUCUUUGAUAAGAAUCUGCUUGGUACUGAGCAACCACUUCUGGACACCCCUUCAGAGGACUUCCCUGAAGUGCACUGGGAUGAGAUACAUAAUGGAGAGUGA